AUGGCCGAAUCUGUACCUAUGGUAAAGGAGGCUGAAACGCCGUUGACAGACGCCGAGAUCACCGUCUUGCGUCGACAGUAUGAAAAAGAAGGCGAGUUCGUAACGAUCCAGACGAAAUUCAACUAUGCAUGGGGACUGAUCAAGUCGAAGAAUCGGGAUGACAUGGUGCUAGGCAUCACUCUGUUGACUGAGAUCUACAGAGAUUCACCCGAGAGGCGACGAGAGUGUUUGUACUAUCUUGCAGUGGGCCAUUACAAGCUCGGCAACUAUGGUGAAGCACGCCAAUUCAACCAGCAGCUGCUCAAGUUUGAACCCAACAACACACAAGCACAUGCCCUGAACAAGUUGAUCACUGAGAAGGUGUCUCGAGAGGGGGUGAUUGGGCUUGCUAUUGUUAGUGGCGUAUUGGCUGUGGGUGCUGCGCUUGUGGCAGCUAUUAUCAAGCGACGAUCCUCCAAGCAAUAA